UCGCACUGCCUUCGUAUCAAUUGCCGGACGAGCCAACGUGCGCGGUAUUUUUACUCAUUGUUUUUUUUUUUGUUUUGUAUUUAUUUGGGAUUUGGCUGUAAUCAGCGCGACUUCAUCAACAUUUGCAUUCCGGUUAGCAGAGUCCGCGCGUGUAGCAUGCGUUUAACUUGCAACUUGUUGGCCUUAUUGCUCGCCAGCUGCUGCUGGUGCUGCUGCUGCUGCUUUGGCCAGGUUAUACCCACGGCAGCGCCGACGCCGCCGCCGCCAGCCAAAGCGCAGCUCUAUCACUUCAUCACAGAGCAUCGACCCACAACCAUGGGACAGAAUCAUUAUAUCAAGCCCGGUCAAGUGCUGGGCACAUUCAACCUGGACUCGGGCUCGUUGCAUGUGCGGCAGGAGGAUAGCAAGCGACCCAUUAGCAGCAAGCUCAACAUCAUAUUUGUGCCUGCCCCGAUGGAUAACAUUGAUAUUCGUAAAUAAACUCAUGCUUAGUUUUAACAAAUGCAUAAUUUUAAAUUAUUUAUA